CUAAUCCGGCAUCUCUCUCUCCUCCCAGUUUCCUGAUUCUCUCUCAUCUCUCUCUACAAAUUAUGUGCGUCUCUGCAAAUCUCCUCCGCCAUUGCUGAGCCCGUGUCUUUCUCAUUCUAUAAAUACAUUUGCUCGGACAAAAUCACAAUGGAUAGCAAUGAUUCCGCAUCCGAGAUAUCAUUCAGCUCUCUGCAUUUGGACCCACGGCAGCAGGAAGAUAAAGAAGAAGAGCCUGUAUCUUCGGAUGAAGAUCAGAGUCUCUAUUUAGUUCCCUUCAGAUGGUGGAAGGAAGCGCAGGACCCAUCAUCCUCAUAUGUAAAGAGGGGGAUCCCAUUUGCGGCAUCCCCUGCUCCUUAUGGGGGCCCAAUGAAGAUUUUUAACAACAUAUUCAACUCAGAUAUUGCAUUUAGUCUGAGGAAAGAUGAUGAUUUGUCAUGCAAUGGAGAAAAUCGUGAGGCGGGAGUAUCGGGUAAAGACUAUGCGUUGGUGCCAGGAGACAUAUGGCUUCAGACACUGAAAUGGCACAGUGAUUCUAAGAAUUCAUCAAAGGAAAGAAAAGGGUUCUUAGCUGUCGAAGAAGAUAUGUCCGAUGUCUACCCUUUGCAACUCAGGCUUUCUGUUCUAUGUGAAACCAACGUACUGUCUGUGAAAAUAAGCAAAAAGGACAAUUCAGUUGAGUGCUACAGAAGAGCCUGCAAGAUUUUUAAUAUGGAAUCUGAGCCUUUGCGUGUUUGGGAUUUAUCAGGGCAGACAAUGCUGCUUCUACUGAAUGACAAAAAUAAGAUCUUAAAAGAGUCUCAGAAGCAAAUUGGGCAGGAUUUGCUCCUCGAGUUACAAGUUUAUGGAUUAUCAGAAUCUUUUAGAAAUAAAACCAGAAAGGAUGAUACUGCGCAAUGUUCGAAUGGGACUCUGAAUGGUGGUUCUGUCAACUACUUCUCUAAUUCUUCUCGGAGCAAUUCUACUAAGCUUCUCGGAGGUUCUGCUGAAGCUGGUACACUAGGCUUAACUGGAUUACAGAACCUUGGGAAUACUUGCUUCAUGAACAGUGCUCUUCAGUGUCUAGCCCACACACCAAAGCUUGUUGACUACUUUCUUGGAGAUUAUGAAAGAGAAAUAAAUCCAGAUAACCCAUUGGGGAUGAAGGGUGAAAUUGCUUCUUCUUUUGGAGACCUGAUGAAGAAACUAUGGGCUCCUGGAGCGACUCCACUAGCACCAAGAACAUUUAAAUUGAAGCUUGCUCAUUUUGCUCCCCAGUUCAGUGGUUUCAAUCAGCACGAUUCUCAAGAGCUCCUGGCAUUUCUCUUGGACGGACUUCACGAAGAUUUGAAUCGUGUCAAGUGUAAACCUUAUGUCGAAGUUAAGGAUUCUGAUAGCAGACCAGAUGAACAAGUAGCAGAUGAAUAUUGGACGAAUCAUCUUGCUCGUAAUGAUUCGGUUAUAGUUGAUGUUUGCCAAGGUCAAUACAGGUCCACAUUAGUAUGCCCACUUUGUCGAAAGAUGUCUGUUACUUUCGACCCAUUUAUGUAUCUGUCUUUACCUUUGCCAUCAACUUCUAUGCGGACAAUGACAUUGACUGUUGUGAAAACUGAUGGGACUGAUAGGCCACUGGCAUUUACUGUUACUGUACCAAAGAAUGGAAAACUUGUAGAUCUUACUCAGGCUUUAAAGACUGCCUGUUCUCUGGAGGGUGAUGAAACACUUUUGGUGGCUGAGAUAUACAACAACCGCAUUAUACAUUUUCUAAAGGAUCCAAAUGGUUCGUUAUCUUUGAUUCGAGACAAUGAUCAACUAGUAGCUUACAGGCUACCAGAUACAGAAGCUCCUCUCUUUGUCUUUAUGCAUCAGCAGGCUGAAGAUAAAUUGAUUAAUGGGAAAUCAAUAUUCAAUUCAAGAUUGUUUGGAGUUCCUCUCAUAGUCCGCCAACACAUUACUAAUGGAUAUGAGGUUCGUGAAAUUUACACGAAGUUACUCGCUCCAUUCUUGGUACCUGAAAAGGACUCGCUCAAGAAUGACGAUUCCUCAGACAAGGGUGCAGAUGAAGCAAUCCUGGAAGUGCAUGAUGCCAGCUAUGCAAGUUUAAAUGGCUCCUCCGAGACACCGGAGAAAGAAGAAUUUGAAACAAAUUCUGAUACGGAGUGUCAGUUUUACCUAACAAAUGAAAAGGUGACAGAGAAGGGCUGUGAGAUUGGAAUGGAAGAGCUGGUAAAACCUAAAGCUGUGUCUGAAAUACAGUAUGUGCUAGUGUCGUGGUCACAGAAGAUGGUUACACAAUACAACAUACAGCCUCUCAGCUUGCUUCCGGAAGUUUCCAAAUCUGCGUUCUUCUCAAAAAGACCACAGGAGUCUGUCUCUCUGUAUAAAUGUCUCGAAGCAUUCCUCAAGGAGGAGCCGCUGGGACCAGAUGAUAUGUGGUAUUGUCCUGUGUGCAAGAAGCAUUGUCAAGCCGGGAAGAAAUUAGAUCUCUGGAGAUUGCCAGAGAUAUUGGUGAUUCACCUGAAAAGAUUCUCGUACAAUUGUUUCCUCAAAAACAAAUUGGAGACUUUUGUUGAUUUCCCGGUUCAUGAUCUUGACCUGUCCGGUUACAUUGCUCAGAAGGGCGGACAAUCUUCUCACCGCUACAUGCUUUAUGCAAUCAGUAACCAUUACGGAAGUAUGGGAGGUGGUCACUACACAGCAUUUGUUCAUCAUGGCGGUGACCGGUGGUAUGACUUCGACGACAGCCACGUGUCUCUGAUCAGCGAAGACAAAAUAAAAACUUCGGCUGCCUAUGUUUUAUUUUAUAGAAGAGUUGAAGAUGCCUAACCCAAGAUACAACUGUAAGUUACUAUGAAACGGAUAACUUAGUAUUUUUGAUGUUGUGCCAUUCUUUUGUCCGGAAUAUUCAUGUAGUUAUAGGCAGUCAGUCUUUCAAGACGUGGAAGAAAUGAGAUAUCCGUUUAGAAUAGGAUGAUGAGAUCACAGAAGAUAUCAUCAUAAAAUAGAGAUAAACUGAGAGGUGGGAGAGGUUCAUAUCAUAUAAAUAGUAAUAACUAGUUCGAAAUGACCUUUUGUAGUGCAACCGCUCUCGGGUAGAGCAAUAGAAAAAGCUAAAGACAGUAAUAUUCUUGUAACAUAUAUACAAUUUUGAGAAUGAUAUUAAUCAAAUUGUUUGAUA